AUGACAGCAACGCAGCUGCAUGCAGGGAGAUACGUACACGACGAAGACCAGAGGAGGAGAGGAGAAGAGGAGACAGACGCGCGUGACCGCAGAGGUCGAGGAGGGACGGAGGGUCAUGGUCCACAGGGCAGGGAAGCGUCGCAAGGAUCAGACCUGAGCAUCAGUGGAGACGAGGUGGGAGGAGCAAGCUUCGAGGUUUCACCGCGCUCCUUCAUUGACCUCGAGGCCUUUGCCAACGUCGGGGAGCAGCCGCUUCCGUCCGACGCUGCUCGUGUGUCUAAGGAGGAAGCCGAUGCUGCGAGAGCCGUCGGAGAGCUCAAGGUCAGCGCUGACAAGAUCAUCGCGUUCCUCCUCAACGAGAACCGCUCUCUCUCCCAGCAGCUCGUCGCCUCCCAGCAGCACAACCAGCGCCUGAGCGUCGAGAGGGAGGAAGCGGCUCGAGCCCUGGGCUCCAUGAGCGACAAGUUCGGCAGGAGCUUGAGGGCGCUGGAGGAGACGCUGGCCUGCCUCAACAACGCCUUCGACUUUGUGGACCUCGAGAGGAUCGGGGAGUAUAAGGAGACGUGCGGGAUCGUAGAGCACAAGUCUGUUCAGGUUGACAUGCUGACCGAAGCUCGAGGAUCAGCGUCGUCACGCAAGGAAGCUGUGGUCUUGUCCCCUCGGUAUCAGGACGUUGACAUGAUCUUGGACAAGACGAGGAGCUUUCUUGAGGAUUUCGACAAGAGGACGUCCGAGCUGCGAUCUGCGUCCUCGUCUCCCGCCAAGAAGGUGAAGAAAGUGAAACACCAACAUGCGGGUGAAGACUGGCUCGAGAGGAGCUUUGGCUCCGAAGGCUUCAUGCGCGAAAGCGACAUCUACCCCAGCUUCGACUCGGCAGAUCAUCAAAGUUUACCCAAGAGAUACACCACCAACGAGAUGCUGAUAUUCCGUCGUUUUCUUAAGGCGAAGAAAGAUUUGAUGCUACAUGGAUGGGAGUAG